AUUUUUGGUUAUAUAUACUAAAAAAAUAGCUGAAUACAUUUUGGCCAAUAUUUAUGAAGAAAGAUGACUUAUUUGCAAAAUGUUAAAAGAAAAACACUUUUUUUUUUCAAAAUGUUUAGACUUUUUAAUUUAUAUAGCGAAAAAAUUAAAAUCCCAGUGGUGAAUAAAUACCACCAAAAGAAAGCUCUAUCUGUCUCACAAAAUUAUAAAAAUUUUGUUUGGGUACAGUGUUGCAUUGCCAUUCAAAAUGCAACAGCACUGAAAGCUGAAAAUUGGCCUGGGCAGGAAGGGGGUGAAAGGGCCCGGGAGGCAAGUGGUUAA